AUGAUUAAAAAAAAUGCAUUACAAACCCUGUUCCACUCUGAUCCUUUAUUACUGAUGUCCAUCAUCACCAUUGCUGUAACCAUAGCACUGGUACCACUGUGUCAUCUUCUUUGGUUGCUAAGUAUAGUCUUGUCUGUCAUGGGUAUCGCCAUGGGAAUGAUUGAUACAACUGCUAAUGUAUGUCUCAUCAAAAUUUAUGGUCCUCAAGUUUCACCGUUUCUUCAGGCUCUUCAUUUCUGCUAUGGUAUUGGUGCAUUUAUCAGUCCUAUUGUAGCAGAACCUUUUCUAUUAAACGAAGACUGUACACCUCUUUUAUCAUAUAAUCAAAGUGUUGAUACAGACAAGAUAGCCAGAGAUAUUACCUCGCCCAGUGUCACAGAUCAAACAUUUACAACCAUGGAAACACUUAUUGAAGCACAAGAAAGAACUGAAGUUAGAUUUGCUUUCUGGAUCAUGGCAUUAAUACAGAUUCCAGUUGUGUGUAUGGUACUUGCUCUGUUAAUAAAAAAAAGAUGUUUUAAUAGUGCUAAACCAAAACGAAAGUAUGAAGAUAUUGACAAAGUUUCUGAAGCCACUUCAUUAAAAGCUAAAGCUGCAUCUAAAACUAAUUGUUGUGGAUCGUCCUCCAGUACUGUCAUUGCUAUCACAUGCCUCACUGCAUUAAUUUUAUUUAUCUACGAUGGACUACAGGCUGCUUAUGGAGGAUAUGUGUAUACCUAUUCUGUUAAAAGUGUUAUAGAUUUAUCAUCUACUGAGGGUGCCUAUUUAACAUCAGUAUACUGGGGUAGUUUUGCAUUGGGUAGACUUGUUUCUAUUCCCAUAUCUACAAAAGUAUCUCCAGCCUGCAUGUUAUUUGUCAAUGUGAUUGGAUGCUUUGCUUCUUAUGUAAUGGAAUUAUUUUUUCGUCACAACAAUAUCGCCAUGUACGUUGGUUCGGCUACCUUUGGCUUGUUCCUCAGUAGUAUAUACCCUACUGCAUUAGCAUGGGCUGAAUCCUUCAUAAAUGUCACUGGUCCAGUCACCAGUGUGAUAGUUAUUGGAGCUGCUACUGGAGAGAUGCUAUUUCCUGUUAUAGUGGGCAGGGUAUGUAUUCAAUUAUGUAACAGUCUGAAAUUACAAACCUGUGAUCAAAUUAAUCGCAAUGCUUCCUCUCUGUCCUUAACCUGGUGCCGUGCUUGUUGCUGUUUUGCAUCCAGAGAAAGUCUUCUAGGAAAGGAAGUCAGUUAUUACACUAGAUUUAAUGAAGAUAUUGAUGCCAUCAAACUAGUGCCGGUCAAUGAACAGGUCCCACCACAGAAGACAAAGGAGAUUCAUUGA